UCACAAGUCCCGACCAUUCCUUUUGGUAGUUUCGGUCAGAAAUUGUCUUCAUUUUGGGCUGUUUUGCUAUUAUUGGAUUUGUCGAAAACUAGGAAACGAACUUGAACAUUGGAAGUUUUCAAAGGCUAGUUAAAUAUGGCGACUGAAACUAAGAAAGCUCACCUAGGGAUUCCGGAGGCAGAGUUUGUGGAAGAUGUAGACAAAUUCAUGGCAGAAGAGCCUGAUUCCUCAGCACAGGGGGCUUUGAAAAAACUUGAGGAACGUUACCAGAAAUACAAGAUGAUGGAGAUGUCGUUGAAUCAUAAGAAAGAGAAAUUGAAGAAUCAGAUUCCUGAGAUCAAAACAACUUUAGAUAUUGUGAAGCAUUUGAAUGAUAUUAAAGACAAAGAUGAAUCAAUGGAAACUCAUUUCCUACUUUCUGGUUCUCUCAGAGCGAAAGCAACAAUACCACCCACGAAGGAUGUCUGUCUAUGGCUUGGAGCCAAUGUCAUGCUCAACUACUCGGUGGAAGACGCUUACGAUCUUCUGAACAACAAUUUAAAAACUGCUGUCAAAAAUCUUGAUUCCGUGAACGACGAUUUAGAUUAUUUACGUGACCAGUGCACAACGACAGAAGUUAGCAUGGCUCGGGUUUACAAUUGGGACGUAUUGAAGAGAAAAUCCCUCAAUCAAGGGACAGUAACCGCCAAAUAAAGACUGAUUGUAAUCGAAGUCAUUGUUAAAUUGAGCUAUGACAAAAUUCAGAUUCUAUUCCUGUGAAUUUCGGUACUCCCGUAGUAUGUGUACCAGGUUGCACUAUAAUUUUAUCCCGAUUUCCCUUAUUUAACUUCUUUUCCGAAUUCGGGGACUGUCUGUGUUAGCCAAGUGAAUAUAGUCUCUGCCCAUAGGCUUCAGUCCCUUUACACAACUUGAUGUUAAGUAGGCGAACAAAAUUAGUUACCUCCAUGUAGCACAUACACUUCUGCUAGAGUGCCGGAAUUUCUGCUUUUGAAUUCAUUCAAGAUUUCCUAGUUUCGCAGUGAUUAUAUAUAGGGCUCUGAAGUUUAGAUUCUUCAAAUAUUGAGGUAACUAAUUUUGUCCGCCUACUAUACAUCAAGUUGUGUAAAGGGACUGAAACCUAUGGACAGGGGGUAUAUUCGCUUGGCUAACAUAGAUUCCCGAACUCGUAAUAGAACUAAAAUAAGGAAAAUCGGAAUAAAAUUAUGGCUUAACCCUAACCUGGUACACAUACCACGGGAGUACCAUAAUCUCUUUAUAAAGGGGCGACUGGCGUAUUUGUCAAGUAGAGAGUCCAAUUUCAUGAUUGCUGCUAUUUGUGGAUUGAUCAAUAUUUGACAUUUCAAUUAAUUAGUUCAAUGCCGAUAUUUUGUUUGUAAACUUCAACAUUAUUACUCCAAACUACAUUGUCCGUCCAGUCUUGGUUUGAAACAUUUAACCUCUGAAACAAAGUUUGGUACUCCUGUAGUAUGUGUACCAGGUUAGGCCAUAAUUUUAUUCCAAUAUUCCAGUUUUAUUACGAGUUCGGGGACCUGCCCAUAGCUAUCAGUCCCUUUACACAACUUGAUGUAAAGUAGGCGAACAAAAUUAGUUACCUCCAUAUUGGUACACACACUUAUGGAGCGCUCAAAGCUUAUCCUAUCCCUGGUCUAUGGCGUCAAAGUCUAUAUAUUAGAAAUAUUGUGAGGAGGACUUCCGUCCUUGUUCAUGUAUAAUUGCGUCUAUAAAUUUAUCAAAAUCAUGGAUGUUUCUCCGACCUUUGACCAUGGAAAAUUCAGCCUAUACUUUACUAUUCCAAAUUUUUUUGCUUAUUUUGAUAGUGUUUCGGAGAGCGCUCACAAACUGGUUUACAUGUUCAUGACCACCUUUUUUAUUAAAAACAUUUAUCCAUGUGACGCUAACCGGUACUGAUAGCGAGUCUAUCAAUGCCUUUUAGCAGCCAAUUUUUGAUUAUUGUAACUAAUCCGAAGUUCAUGGGAAGACUGAAAUUCAAGUUUUUUGAUUUACAACAAAUUUUUGAAACUGAAAACACACAAAACCACGAAUACGAUGCUAAAAUGCAAUUCUCAUGUCAUUCUUGACUUAUUGGUGAUUGGUCGAUGUUAGGGAAAUAAACAUGGAAAUCGAGACUCUGGGAAGCAUCCAUUGUCUUAAGAUUUUUUCGAAGCAUUUGCCUCUGGGCUAUGUUUCAUUUCUAAAAUUAUUAAGGCUUUGUGGAUAUCCAGCCUUUUUAUAAAAAUCCUCAUUUGCUGUGUUUUAUAAAUAAAUAAUGCAUGCAUGUCAAAUAUG